CUGAUCGAUGUGAGGAUCUAGUGAAAUACAUGCAGCAUGCAGUCUCGAGACCAAUUUUGAUAAUGUCGCGCUUUUCUGCGAUAAUGGAUACAACUGUAUUUCAGUAUUUAUCAUGUGAUUAAGGAAAUAGCAGUGAUUUGAGCGAUCGGCAGAUCGGUCGACAGCUAUGUCGAGAAAAAGUGCACGAUUGCUGUCAAAAGUAAAGGACGAAGAGGAAAGUGAAGUUUAUAAGAAAAUCAGAAGGAAAAGGAAAGCCGAUGAGGCAUUCGAGGAAGAUGUGAAUAUGAAUAAACGUAGCAAGCAGUUUAGAAUAGAGAACCAGUUUAUUCCUAUAUCAGAAAAUUCUUCCAUCACUACCUGUACCCUUGUGCCAAGUGAACCCCUUUCUCCAGAGUUGGAUGUUAAGUCCUCCCCAGAUGUUGUUCUUAAAUCCCAAUUCAGAUUUAAAAACAUUUGCACCCAUGUGUGCAGACUAUCUCCUUUGCCCAAGUUUAGUUGGGCAGAUUCCCAAGAAGUGUGGACAUUGAUGCUUCAAAAAGAAUUGCUGUAUAACAGAAAUCGUAGAAUGUUCGAUUUUCAUCCGACGUUGCAGGCUCGGAUGAGAUCCAUACUUCUGGAUUGGAUUAUAGAGGUGUGUGAGGUGUACAGAUUGCACAGAGAAACUUUCUACCUCAGCGUUGAUUUCAUUGACCGUUUUCUGAGUACCACAAAAAAUGUGAUGAAACACCAACUUCAGCUUGUAGGAAUAACUGCGCUCUUCAUUGCAGCUAAGUUGGAGGAAAUUUAUCCACCAAAAUUGGCAGAAUUUGCUUACGUCACGGAUGGUGCAUGCUCAGAGACGGAGAUAUUAGAACAAGAACUUGUUAUUUUAAAGGAAUUGAAUUGGGACUUGGCCCCCAUGACUAUUACCUCCUGGCUGAAUGUCUACCUUCAAGUGGCAAACAUUGACCAUAUAGUGGAGGCAGAGCAUGGAUUUGUAUUCCCACAAUAUUCAUCACAUGCAUUUGUGCAAAUUGCAAGGUUGACAGACUUGUGUAUUCUGGACAUGGGCUGUAUGGAGUAUAAUUACAGUAAACUGGCAGCUGCUGCCCUGUAUUACCUCACUUCGCAGGAAAUGGUGCUCUCCGUCACAGGCUUCGAUUGGAAGGACAUGGAACCCUGCAUCCAGUGGAUGGCCCCAUUUGCCAAGACGCACAUGGACGAGGGUCCAGUGGAGGUCAAGUUUUUCCCAAGCAUACCAGCAGAAGACUCGCACAACAUUCAGAUUCACGCUGUGGACUUAAAUAUGCUGGAGAGAGCUCAAGAAAUACAAGAAGAAAUCCAGACUCUGUUGAGGGCCAGAAGUCCUGACCCUCAGGCUCAAGUCAUCACACAACUGACCCCUCCCCACAGUGGCAACAAGAAAUCAAACACCUCCAAAGCUUCCAAUACCUCCUUCAGUUCCAGUGAGCUCGAUUCUUUUGAGAAGGAAUCGGAGGAUUUGAAGUAAAUAUUUAUGAAAGAAAAGACGUUUAAGGGACGAUUAGAAAACGUGCUAUUGAACAGAUAUGGUGAGCCGUUACCUCGAGUUGUAUCUUCCCAUGGAACUACCUGAUGACUUAAAAAAUUCUCAGGAAAAUCUCAAGAGAACAAAUUGUGUCAUUAUGAAGGGUCAUUUUUAUAGUUUAGUGCUCCUGGUUGAUAGACAUGUUUAUCUUGUGUGGUCGAGUUUGGGUUCGACUUGAUGGUAUUUAUUGUUGAUAUUUACGGUGUGACUGUGUGAUGCUUACUAAUAUGAAAAUGUGGGUGUGAUUUUUUUAAUAUAUGCUUAUGGGCAAUUAGUCAUUUGAGAAUGGCUCGAGAACUAUUAUUGAACACUGACAAAGGGUACUUCCUUUUACAAUGCAAACUUUCCACUGUGAGACAGUUUGACUUUGUAAGGCGGGAAUAAUUAGCCAUAGUUUGUACUUAGUUCAAAACAAUUGCUGCAAUAUUUUCACAUUUUUAUUUAUGUGUUGUGUUCUCAUAGGAGGACAAGGUUCUGCUUCACAAAUAUAGGGGACCAAGAUAGUUCAAUUGUUUAUAACCAUAUUGUGUUCAUCUUAAUAUUCAAGAGAGGAAUCCUUCUUGUCUUUAUGCAAUAUUUUCUCUUUGUUUUGCUAUGUUUAAAUGAUAAGAGAAAAAAACCACUUGUGUUCACAAUUCCACCAAAUGUGUUCAUUUUUAUUGUUGUAUGAAUGUAAAGUGUGACUGCUAAACAAAGAUUUUAAUUGUUAUAAUGUAAUUUUGUGCAAUGUAGGAUUUUAUUGAAAUGUUGACAAGUCAUGUGAUUCUCUGUAUUAAUACUGCUGUCUGAAUUGGGUGCAGUGUGUUACAUUAUCAAUGAAAUUCUCAAUUACCUACAUAUUCUUGAUCCAGUGCGAGUUGGUUGCUUGAAGGAUGAAUGGUCUCAACUCAAUUUGAACUUUGUGAAGUUAGAUUUUUGCAACAUGGUUUAAGAGAAAACCUCAAACAACAACACCGAUAUAUUUUUGUGUUUGGUGGUUAGUUUGUAAAGGAUUAGUUAGAAACAAAACAAAAACUGAAAUAUUUUAAAGAUAUUAUCUUUCCCGUUACAUGUUAUUCUAAGUUUUUUGAUGUUGGAAAUUUUGUGUAUUUUAAGGUUCAGAUGUUUUUGAAGAUAUCAUGCAUUUUAUUUUUUCAUUUCUUUACUAUUAUAUAAUUUUUACAACAUUUACAACUAUGUCUGUUUCUAGAAGUUAAUAUCCCAUCUCAUUUAACUACAAUUCAUUGCGUAUCAAAUCAUGUACUUUUCUUAAGUAAUUGAUGUGAAAUUCAUCUGCAUUUAAUGCAAAAUGCUCUCGGCUGUUGCGAGUCUUUGCUUACUAAUGCACCAACUGAUCAUACCUCAUCCAUAUAAUGGACAAAUCGUUUACACUGUGUGAGAAUCAAAUAUGGAGAAUGGCUGUAUAAGAAUUUUGUUAUAUCCUAUGAAGAAUUUCAAUGAAUUUAUUUAAUAAUUUAUCUUCAGUAAUUUAUGAUUUAUCUGUCACAGAUUUAAAGAUGUAUGAUUUAGAUUUAAUUCAUAUUAUAAUUUAUUUCUUUUUGUUUAUUUUUUUUUUUUUUUUUGUGUCGUGAAAUAUUAUAUAAAUAAUAGAAUAUAUCCUUUACAGUGGCAAUAUCGUAUAUAAAUAAAACUCAUUUAUAGUGUACUUAUAGAGAGUAGGUCUGAUUUUAACUGAGUGAUAUAACAUGAAUAAUCAAUUGCUGAUUUUAAGAAGCAGUGUUGACUGUUGGUCUCUUUUCGGUACACUGUAUAGGAGUUUUAUUGUGACCUGUAUCAAAUAUAGUCAUGUGAACGCUAAAAAGGAUUCACUGAAAGUCCUUGUUUAAUUAACGUAGUUGCAAUCAAUUUUAUUCGUAGAUUUAGUGAUUCAUUGUGCAUUUCUCAAACUCCACAUAUUACAUACAGUUGGUUGAAAACAACUCAUUUAAGAAAUUUUGAAAAUAGUUGAACAUCUGGUUUUUAUACUCAUACUCAUUUUGUACGUGUCAUGUCCAUCUUAAACACAUCAAAGUUUGUUAUGGUUAAGUUUUAAAUAUUUGACAGAGCAAGUUUUAGUCAAAUGUAUAAGAACGGCAAUAAAUGUUGUUGUAAUUAC